UUGGUCGAGGUUUCAGUGUUUCCUCUCACAGUAAGAGAUGUUUGAAUGAAGACAUUCAUCUGGAUCAGACAAUGAAGAUCAUACAGCUUCACUUCUAUCUGUUGAUGUGGUCUCAAGCCACAGAGAGUUUAACAAACACAUCAGUAACUUUAGGAGCAGAUGUGAUUAUAAACUGUGAUCUUGAUAUAAAGGAGAUUUACUGGUACAGACAGAAAUCACCAGAUCCUCCAGAGUUGAUCUUACGCACUUUUCAUAGCACGUAUGAAAAAGCUAUUUAUGAAAACAGCAUCUUUGAAGAGAAAUACUCAGUGAAAACUAACAGUCGUCUGUUCAUCAGAAAUAUCAGCGCUGAUGAAUUAGGAGUUUAUUAUUGUGUCAAAACUAGUGAACCACAAAAAUUCAGCAACGGCACCAAAAUCUACAUCAGCGACUCAGUCCUCAGGAAUCAGACAGAAUCACAUGAUUGUUCACAACAUGAGACUCGGUGGAGAAACCUGAGCAUCAUCACAUCUGUCCUGUCGAGUGUGAUUCUGAUCUUCACAUUAAUAGUUUUGGUGAAGAGCUACAUUUACGUAACUGGAAGAUCUAAAAAUUACACUGCAGAUCAAAACUCAAAUCAUCCAAAGUGUGCUGAAAUUGAUUUAUUCAACAUGGAGCCUUGUCCAGAGCAGAGCACGACUGUCCUCUACAGCCAAUGAAACUUUCUACUAGUUCUGCAGUUUUAUGUUUUAUUCUUUGUCAUACUGUCAUUAAAGACACAAACCUCAAUAAAUGAACUAAAGA